CCUGCGUUUGGUGCGGUGCCAGGCCAGCUGAUUCUUGAUGCACUCUGCAUCGACGCCCAGUGGCUGGUGAGCGGUGAGGAGUGAGUGGAUCCCGCACUGGAAGAUUACUUGACGCGCGGGAUAUAAGCUCGCACUCCUGAGAAAUUGAAACCUUAUAUAAACAUGCCAGUUAUGUUGUCAUUUUCGCGUGGAGUGUUGAAGUGUUGCAAUGGAAUAUCAAAGUUUACGUCCAGAUUGGAGCCUUGUGUUACUAAACUCGGCAUGAUGGGGCUUACAUCACCACAUAGACACUAUGUGACGUCCCUGAAUCCAUCUCAUGGCCUCACAGAGGAGCAGGUGGCUAUAUACCAACUGGCUACUGACUUUGCUGUCAAAGAGAUGCUGCCGAACAUGGCUAUCUGGGAUGAAAAGGAAUUGUUCCCGGUAGAUACAAUGCGAGCAGCAGCAGCUCUGGGAUUUGGUGCCAUAUAUGCCAGUGAAGAAUAUGGGGGGACAGGACUGAGCCGUCUUGAUGCCUCCAUUAUAUUUGAAGCUCUAUCUAAAGGCUGCACCUCCACCACUGCUUACAUUAGCAUUCACAACAUGUGUGCAUGGAUGAUUGACCAUUUUGGAAAUUCCUCACAAAAAGAACAGUGGAUCCCUCAGCUUGCUGCAAUGGAAAAGUUUGCUUCCUACUGCUUGACAGAACCGGGGUCAGGCUCAGACGCGGCCUCUCUCUCCACAACAGCAAAGAGGGAUGGAUCUGAUUUAAUUCUGAAUGGAUCAAAGGCCUUUAUUAGUGGUGGAGGUGACACAGAUGUUUAUCUUGUUAUGUGCCGGACAGGAGGCCAGGGACCAAAGGGCAUAUCAUGUGUUCUUGUUGAAAAAGGAACUCCAGGUCUGAGUUUUGGCAAAAAAGAAAAGAAAGUUGGUUGGAACUCGCAACCAACUCGAAUGGUGAUCUUUGAAGACUGUCGAGUUCCUGCUUCAAAUAUCAUAGGAAGUGAAGGCCAGGGAUUUAAUAUUGCAAUGAAGGGACUCAAUGGGGGUCGUAUUAAUAUUGCUUCCUGCUCACUAGGGGCAGCCCAGGCCAGCAUAGAGGCAGCUGUUGAUUAUGUGAAAGUUCGAAAGCAAUUCUCAAAGCCACUAUCAAGUUUUCAGAACACCCAAUUUCGACUUGCUGAGAUGGGCACAGAAGUGGUGGCCUCCCGACUGCUGGUGCGCAAUGCUGCCCAGGCACUGCAAGACGACCACCCGGACACAGUGGCCUUGUGCUCCAUGGCAAAAUACUUUGUCACUGAAAGGUGUUUUCAGGUGAUCAAUGAGGCCCUUCAGCUGCAUGGUGGCUAUGGGUACCUGAAGGACUACCCAGUGCAGCAGUACCUGAGGGACUCUCGGGUCCACAUGAUCCUUGAGGGAACCAAUGAAGUCAUGCGGUUGCUUAUUGCUCGCCACAUUCUCUCUGAAUGGAAGUGAGCCUCCCUUAUUAUAGUCCUGACAUAGUUGUGAUGUAGAUGUAAAGAGUGGUGAGGCUUGAUUUAAGGCUUGUAAAUUUUCUGUGUCUAUAUGUGUGAGAGAGAGAGAGAGAGAGAGAGAGAGAGAGAGAGAGAGAUUUGUAUAUAAUUAAGAGGUUGAAUGUUUGUCAGAAUAUUGUAUAUAGUAUUCCCAAUGAACACAGCUCUUGCUUGGGUGAAUCUCUGAGAGGAAAUCACUGGGUGUUCCAAUAUGAUGAUAAUAAUAGGUGUGCAGGGCAGUCUGAAGAGAAUAGUUGUUUAUUUUGCAUUGAGGAGAAAGUACAAUAUAGUGUUAGAAAUGCAGUUCUUGAGCAUAUUUUGCUGAGCUGAUGAGAGCAAGGUUAUGAUCAACAUUGCAAAAUUUUGUAUAGAUUUCAGUAUUAUAGAUCUAACUAGAUUAUUUUACAUACACAUGUUAAAAUUUUUAUUUUAAAAGUGGUUUUAGAGAAUAGCAGAUGUAUUUUUCUUUUUAAUUGGCAGUUUCAGUUUGUCUUAUCUGUUUAUACUUUGACUUUUUUCUUGCAUUUAUAUUGAAAUGCAAAAUGUCAUGUACCUAUCUCCCAUAAUAAAAUUUAGCCAUUAUAGGAGGACAGGAAAAGAACACAAUAUCAAUAUUGUAUUAAAGUAAUGGAUAUGUUUAUUAUUCAUCUAUUUCUUUGGGGGGAAGGAGUCACUGAAGUUUUGAAAUCAUAUUACUACUUACAUACCAGGUUGUGAUCUCCUGAAGGGGGAUGAGCUGCUGACACAUGGAGCAGUAUUCGUUAUCUCAUUGCACUUCCCUUGCUUUCCUUCUGUUAGUCACCUUUUCUGAUGUGCUGGGAAUACAGUAAUCCACUCGUCAUGAAUUCAGUGCAUACUGGCUGGGAUAUAAUAUAUAAAUCAUGAAAUAACUUAUCUUCAUGAAUACAAAUAACAUUAAUGUACCAGAAAAUGUGUGUGAAUUCAUCAAUAACUUAUCCAAUACAUGUUAAAGUAUAUUUUUGUAGGAGCUUAUUUUGUUCUUAGUUUAGAAAUUACUAUGUUGAUGGCAUGCCAGUAUUUCCUAAUAAAGUAGUUAUGAUUGCAUAUGUGAAGGUAGAAAAAGGGUAAGUAAGAAUUUAUAAUAAUAAUUUAAAUUAAUAAUGGAGUAUUGAAGUUUGCUAUUGCAACUGGAUUGUUCCUCAUUGAUAUUUACAUUGUCAUCUAUUACCACCAUAUUGGAAACCACAAAAAGCCUAACAGCUAGUAAAAGAAGAAAGAAAGAAAGGAAAAAAUUAAAUUGAACCAGUUUCAAUCAAUCAAUCAUGGUGGGCAUAUGCCAGGGGGCGUGUUGCCUCGCCUACCCUAUGGCGCUACUUCAGAUGGUCGUGCCUUAUGAGUCUCCAUGCAGGCUCCCUACCCAUGCCCAUUGCCUGUGCCACUAAUGGGCGGAAGCUGAACAAUGCUUUCUACACACUCUUCAAGUGAGUUUACAGGUGCUACAGGCCUCAAUGUAGAAAAAAAAAAAAAAUAAAAUAAAAAGUAACUCCCAGCAGGAGGCAUCGACUUGCUGCAGCCAUGAGUUCUGUGGACGUCCCCUUGGCCUCCUCCAUGCUGGGUUAUCCCUUUUGGAGACAACCCAAUAUGCAGGAUCAGCUACCAGGUAACGUGCCACAUGCCCAUAUAGUUGCAGUUGGCAUUGAUGGACUAUGCUGGUAAUCGGCCUUGAAUCAGUCUCACGGACCAAUCACUGAUUUGACACAAAGUCAUACCAGUGGUAGCCCAAGAUCCUGCGAAGGCAUCUAGUACCAAAGACAUCAGUUUGCCUCUUCAGAUCAGUGUUCAGUGUCCAUGUUUCACAACUGUAGAGUAAGACAGGGAUCACCAGCGACUUAAAGAUCCAAAUCUUUGUCCAUCUGCACAGGUACCGACAACUCCAAAUAGUACUUGUGUUGAGCGAGUCCAUAACGCCAGUUUACACAAUACUAAAUACCUGUAUUUUUUUUUAUUUGUUGAAAAAAAGAAAAAGAUACAAUAUUCAGACAAAUUUAAUUGCCCUACAUUUAUGAUUGCAAAAUAGAAGUAAAAUUAUUACAACACCAAGGAAAUUGGUUUACUGGUAGCCCUCAUGAUAUACAUACUGAACUGCAUCACUUAAUUUUGACAGUACAUCAUAAUUAAAUGGAAUAGAAAAAAAUCUCUUGUAAUUUAGAUUUUAUACUAACAAGUACUUGUAAAUGUACAGUCUUUGCAAGAGAUAUUAAGUACUUAAUGUAAUUCUUGUAGAUAGAAUGUAUGGCAGCAUUGUGAUAGGUUGUGGUUUACAAAAUAAACCGGCCAAUUGUGAAAA